AUGUCCCAAACUGACGAUUUCAUCUCAAUGAAGGAAAUUGGUCAAGCAAUCAACGACUCUCAAAGACAAGAGCAAUUACCGCAGCAGCAGCAACACCAACAAGAACAUGACCAAGGUCAACAGGAACUACAGCAGCAACAACCUCCUGCCCCUCCUAUACAACCUGAACAUCAUCAACAUCCACAUCCAAAUACUCAGGGACCUACUAAAGUACGUAAAAAUUUAGAAGGUAGAAAAACUUCUGGCAAAUAUACUUUGAAUGAUUUCCAAAUUUUAAGAACUUUAGGGACCGGGUCCUUUGGUAGAGUUCAUUUAAUCAGAUCUAUUCAUAACGGUAGAUUCUACGCUUUAAAAGUAUUAAAGAAACAUACUAUUGUUAAACUGAAACAAGUAGAGCAUACGAAUGAUGAAAGAUUAAUGCUAUCAGUGGUGAAUCAUCCAUUUCUAGUUAGAAUGUGGGGGACGUUUCAAGAUUGUGAACAGAUUUUCAUGAUUAUGGAUUAUAUUGAAGGCGGUGAAUUAUUCUCACUAUUAAGAAAAUCUCAAAGAUUCCCAAAUCCUGUAGCUAAAUUCUAUGCUGCUGAAGUCUGUCUGGCUUUGGAUUACCUUCAUAGUCUGGAUAUCAUUUAUAGAGAUUUAAAGCCAGAGAAUAUUUUGCUAGAUAAGAAUGGACAUAUUAAGAUAACUGAUUUUGGGUUCGCUAAAUAUGUCCCUGAUAUUACUUAUACAUUAUGUGGCACACUAGAUUAUAUUGCACCUGAAGUAGUCAGUACGAAACCGUAUAAUAAAUCUGUCGAUUGGUGGAGUUUUGGGAUAUUGAUAUAUGAAAUGUUAGCAGGGUAUACACCAUUCUAUGAUUCUAAUACAAUGAAAACAUAUGAAAAUAUCUUGAAUAGUAAAUUGAAAUUUCCUGAAUUUUUCCACGAAGAUGUAAGGGAUCUAUUAUCUAAACUAAUCACCAAGGAUUUAAGUGAGAGAUUGGGUAACCUACAAAACGGUACAGAUGAUGUGAAAAGCCAUCCUUGGUUUAGUGAAGUUGUUUGGGACAAAUUGCUGUCAAGAAAUAUUGAAACACCUUAUGAACCACCGAUCCAGCAAGGUCAAGGUGAUACCUCUCAAUUCGACAGAUAUCCUGAAGAAGAAAUCAACUAUGGUAUUCGUGGAGUAGAAGAUCCAUAUCAUGAUUUAUUUAAAGCAUUCUAA